UGCGUAACUUCCUGUAACAACAUGGGCUCUCGCAGCGAAGCUACGUUUUUAGAAAUAAUCAUGGUCUGUGUUCGUAAAUAACACUAAUUAUAAUUCUCUCUUUGUCCCGUAGAAUGACUAUCAUGAACAUUGCAAAAUUUAGAUCACGACAAUUUCACAGACAUAGGAAACGCCUUUUUGUUUGCCAUAACGGUUGUUAGUUAUCAUUAUCAAGACCCUUUGAUUGAUUCAAUGAUAGCAUAGCGAGCAAACUUUAAAGCUAUUCGUACAUGGUGUAGGAAAAGGUUUUUGCAAAAAAAUGUUAAGUUUCCUUGCGGCUAGACGUACUGGAGUCGAUGACCCCCUCCGACUGAGACGUGCAGAAUCGACAAGAAGGGUUCUUAGUCUUGAGCUGAAUCAUGAUCGGGAUGUGGCUCGAAUCCAUGGAAAUGGGAUCAACUCAUUAGACAUUGAAGUAAUUGAAGGCAGAUAUAUGUUGUCAGGAGGUGCAGAUGGAGUAAUAGUAAUCUAUGACCUUGAGAAUGGAAGCAGGAAACCACAUUACACAUGUAAAGCAAUGUGCACAGUUGGAAGGUCUAGCCGCCAUGUGCACAAGUUCAGUGUGGAAACUGUUCAGUGGUAUCCCCAUGACACAGGCAUGUUCGUAUCCAGCUCCUUUGACAAGACAAUGAAAGUGUGGGACACAGAGACGUUGAAGCCCGCUGAAGUGUUCCAGUUUGAAGAGAAUGUCUACUGCCACCACAUGUCCCCUGUAGCCAGGAAGCACACGCUCAUUGCAGUUGGUACCAAAGACCCUAAAGUACAGCUGUGUGAUAUCAAGUCAGGGUCGCGUAUCCAUGUCCUGCAGGGUCACAGAGGGGAGGUUCUCUCAGUCAAAUGGUCUCCUCGAUAUGAGCACAUCUUAGCCACGGCCAGCGCGGACAGCAGGGUGAGAGUGUGGGAUGUGCGACGGGCCUCAGGGAGUCUCUUCACUUUGGACCAGCAUAACGGGGACAAGUCCAAAGCUGCCACAGAAGCAGUCGACACGGCCCACAACGGACGCGUGAAUGGCUUGUGUUUCACAGCCGAUGGCCUGUACCUGCUCACCACGGGGACAGACGACCGCAUGAGGCUGUGGAACAGCGCUACAGGAGAGAACACUCUGGUGAACUAUGGCAAGGUGGCCAACUCCAGCCGCACUUGCCUAAGGCUAAGUGUGUCACGCGGCUGUAGUCCAGAGUUUGUGUUUGUGCCCUGUGGCAGCUCGGUGGCAGUCUACUCACUGCACUCAGGAGAGCUGGUCACUAUGCUCCGGGGUCACUAUAAUAACGUCGACUGCUGCGAGUUUCACCCUGACUAUCAGGAACUGUAUAGUGGGGGCAAGGACUGCAACAUCCUAGCCUGGGUUCCUGUGUUGAGGCAACCUGACAUUGAAGAUGAUGAGACUGCCACUGCCAAGAGUGGACCACAGGCUGCAGUAAACCCAGCUUUUGUCGACGCUUGGAGCAGUGACGAGGACUAAAGGAUUUCAAAGACGGAAGCCAAAGAAUGAUGAAGAAAGCAUCUCCACGGCCUUGGUUUACAAAACCUGCCUUCUCAUACCACAACAAUGCAGAACAUGCUGUCAGUCAUGUGAUGGAGCUCCAAGAGCACCUUUAGGUGUAUUUUAACACUACUAGUGUCUUCAUUUAUGGAUGUGUCAUACUCCUAUUUUCUUUUUCAUUCUCAAACUGCUGGGAUUUGUAAAAGUCAGUCAUGAGCCUGAUGUGUAUAGUAUGUGAGGGAAUGGGAUGAAUGUUUAGAUUGAGAUCCAUGUUCUAGUUAUUACAGGAAAGGGUAGUUCAUGAUGCAUGAGCUCAGAUGACGCCAUUUAAAAAACGUCUUUUGUAGUGAACCUGUAAAUGGGAUGUAAGUAAAUGUUGUAAAUGUUGUUUACAAAUGAUAUUAUGCCAGUUUGUUAGGGAAUAUGUCGGUAUAAUGAUAAUAAUAAUAACAAUACAUUUUAUUUAAAGGCGCCUUUCUUGGCACUCAAGGUCACCAAAAGGUAUCAACAUAACUUGCUCACAAAUCAUGCCUUUUUCUCCACUGAACAAUCAAUUAUGCAUAUGGGGGACAUUCAUAUCACUCUGACUUGAGCAGCACUCUGAAACAAGCAGGAUUGUAUCAGUUUUAUGAUUUGUUUUCUAAGGUAUUUUAAAAAUAAACAUGUCACUGUGUCAUUGCUGA